AUGAGGAACAGAGCUACCAAUACUUUGUCGAAAGGCAAAAUCCGUCAAUCAUGGAGCAAAUACAACCUGUAUAACAUGCAACGAUUCCGCAGCCCACCCACCAUCAAUCGCACAUUCUUCCAGCAGAAAUGGUCUGCUAAGGCUGCUUCCCGUGCCUAUCAUGGCGAGCAGGUCCGCGAGGGACAGUGGAAACGCAUGUUCAACCAUCGCAUCCGCAGUGUUAUCCCCAUGAAUGCAUCCGACUUGGCCGCCGAUGACGGUUCCCAAGCUUCAUCCGGUCGCGGCUCAGGACUCGAUAUGGGCGGCAAGCCCGCUUACCAGAAACGUCCUACACCUUACACCCAGAUGACCUUUGCGCCCCUAGAGCGUCGGUUGGAUGUAGCCAUCUUCCGAGCUCUCUUUGCUAGUAGUGCCAGACAGGCGAGACAGUUCGUCAUCCACGGAGCGGUCACUGUUAACGGGCAAAAGAUGAAACAUCCCAGCUAUCUCCUCAACCCCGGUGACCUUUUCCAGGUUGAGCCAGAGCGCGUAAUGUACGCUACUGGUCAUACGAAGACUGCGUACGAGCGGCGUCAGGGCCGAUUGGUUCGGAGAAAGGCGAAGGCACAGACCUCAGAGGAAGAGGUUGAGGCGGAGUCAAAGGAGACCGCAGAGGAAGAGACCAAGGAGACCGCAGAGGAAGAGGCCAAGGAGACCGAAAAGGAGGAUCCUAAGGAGACUCUCAAGGCGCUUAUGGCACAGGCCAAGUCUAUCAUGUCUGCCGGCAAGGAUACACUCGCGCCCCAACGCAAGCAGGAGCUCCGUGGCUUCCAACAAGCUGUCCGCCGCGUAUUGUCCCGCUCCGAGUCCAGCACUGUCCUCGCAGACAGCUUGGAAGCCCAGUUUUCCCAAUUAACCCUGCUUCUCAAGGCCAAGCGGGCCGAGAAGAAGCCAGACAAUAAGGACGUGAAACUCCGUCCAGAAGACGCCUUCGCAUCCGACAAGGGAGAUAGGGAAUUGGCUGCCGCCAGGAAAGAUACAGAAACCGCAGUAAGCGACAAACUCUCCGAAGCCUUCUCGCAGGCAACACUAGGUAAUGAAGUCGAUGCCUCGGAACUCAGCGACGAAGAGUUCGAGACGCUCAAGCGCGCUCUUACUCAAAUGCGCGAUAAUCCUCUCGACAACAGCAAGACCUACUCCACCCCCUGGCAACCACGCCAAUACAUGUCUGCCUUUGCCUUCAUCCCGCGCUACCUCGAGGUCAAUCAGAACAUUUGUGCAGCCGUGUACCUGCGCCACCCGGUGGCCCGUCCCGGUUCCGCCGAGGUGCCCACUCCCUUCGGCGAGACCAUUGCCACUCCGGCUUAUGGCUGGUACCUGAGGAGACGGUGGUAG